AUGCGACAGGCUGUGGGGGAACUGUUUAGGAGUCAUUCUGCCAUUAAUGCGAAACCCUACUCAGCCUCAGCCUCCUUAGACAAAACCCUCAUCAUCUGGUCCGCCCAAACCCUGACUCUCUUCCACCAUCUCACCGGCCACUUUGAGGGCAUCUCCGACCUCGCCUGGUUCUUUGACUCCCACUACAUCUGCUCCGCCUCUGACGACCGCACUCUCCGCAUUUGGGACGCACGCGCCUCCACCAUCGACUCCUCCCAUGUCAAGACCCUGAAGGGCCACUCCAAUUUGGUCUUCUGCGUGAACUUCAGCCCCCAAUCGAAUCUGAUUGUGUCUGGGUCUUUUGACGAAAUAGUGCGUGUUUGGGAGGUGAAGACUGGGAAGUGUUUGCAUGCUAUUAAGGCGCAUUUUAUGCCUGUUACGUCUGUGCAUUUCAAUCGAGAUGGGUCAUUGAUUGUAUCGGCGAGUCAUGAUGGGAGUUGUAAGAUUUGGUAUUCGUCUAAGGGUAUGCUUUUGAAAACGCUUAUUGAUGAGAAAGUUUUGAGAAAAUUAGGGAAAAACUGUAUUUCAGACUUUAGACUAAAGUUCAAGUUAGUUCUAUGAGUAUUUGUUUGUUUGCUUAAAAGAUUUUUUGAUUAGCUAGGUAUUGGUUUGGGUGAGGAGAAGUUCUGUUUGGUUUGUGAGAAAGUUAGGGAAAAUAAAUGAAAAUGAAAUGGUUGAUGUUGUUAUAAAGCUAAAAGAUUUUAAUCCGAUUUUCAAGGGUCCUGUUUGGUUUAUGAGAAAUUUUGUAGUUGCUAACUUAAUGGGAAAAUCUAGUAACAAGUUA